CGAAAAAAAACGAUAGCCAAGCGUGGAGAAAGGAAGAGUCAAAUAAAUCGCGUCCGUGCCCGUUCCGUUUCGACGAUCAAAAUGGCGCCGAAGCCGGCAGAGAAGAAGCCAGCGGAGAAGAAGCCCGCGGAGGACAAAUCGCCGACGGCGUCGGCGGAGAAGAGACCGAAGGCGGAGAAGAGAGUGGCGGAGAAAGGCGGGGACAGCAGCAAGAAGAAGAAGAAGGUGAAGAAGAGCAGCGAGACGUACAAGAUCUACAUCUUCAAGGUCCUGAAGCAGGUGCACCCUGACAUCGGGAUCUCCAGCAAGGCGAUGGGGAUCAUGAACAGCUUCAUCAACGACAUCUUCGAGAAGCUGGCGCAGGAAGCCUCCCGCCUGGCCCGGUACAACAAGAAGCCCACCAUCACGUCGAGGGAGAUCCAGACCGCCGUCCGAUUGGUCCUCCCCGGCGAGCUCGCCAAGCACGCCGUUUCCGAGGGCACCAAGGCCGUCACCAAAUUCACCAGCUCUUAAAAACAAGGAAUUGUUACGUGAUGAUCAUCCUUUUCCCGAAUUGGGGGUUUCCUUCUUUUUGUUUUUUUCCAUCUUUAUUUUGGCUCUUGUUUCUGUUACGGUAGAUUACACAGUGGAAUGAACAUAAUCCAUCCUGUUGCAUCUGGCAGCGGAUUUUUGACGAACAAUCCAAUUCUUUUUCCCGGUAAUUAAUCCAAUUCUGUCUCGAUUACAUUUUGUUGCUCAUUUUAUAACCAGGCAACUACAUUGAAUCAAAUUCCGAUCCCCCGAUGAGGUAGAUUUAGCACAAUCCAUCCUGGAUGUAUGUGCAUCAGUUUCGUGGUUGGUAAAGCCUUCAUUAGUCUUUGUUACCAUUUUCAUGCAUUUCCCCCUCUGGUAAUUAGCAUUAUCAUUGAAGCUCUCUUCCUGGACAAAAUACACCCGAAAUACAAAGCCGAUAACACCACCAAUUCUGUACAAGAGAAACUUAAAUCACAGGUUUAACGUUGUACUGAAACAACACAUAAGCCGGGAUGCUAUUGCAGUUCGGCUUUAAAAGUUCUCUUUAUGAUCCAAUGUCGCGCAACUCUUAAUAUAGAUGUUUGUUUGCCCAAACAAUAUCCAAAAAACUGCCCCCUUGCAUUAACAACCAUAGUGGCCCUGCCACACUAUAGCCACAUUUCAGAUAGCUAAAUGGUUGAUCUUUAUGUAUGUUCGUUUUUAGAUUGUGUUGAAUUAGUAUAUAUUGAUCGGUGACAGAAUUCUGGUGAAGUGACAAAAUGCAGACAUGCAGAGGCGAACACCCAACAGAAGGUCAAACCGAGAAAGACACAAACAUAAAUGGUUUGGGUAGGAAUCUUCACUCAACUAACAAAAACCCGUGCAAAGUAAUGAGAUUGGACCAGUUUUCUUCAAGUACUUGGAUUUGAUGGCUCACCGUCAGAUAAAAAGAUGCAAUUACA